CAGAAAUGCCAUGUGCGUUCCAUCCGCUGAUCUCUAUGGUGAUCGGUCAACAACCCUGUCCAAGGAUUGGGGGCAGAGUGCUGCUACACGGGUUUAUGGAUUGUUAGAUACUGAGAAUUAGCAUAGGAUUCUGAGGAUGCAAUUCGUGCGCGGACUGUUUGGGUAAAAUACCCAGGGCAGUCAGACCUGGAUGGAUUAUUUUUUGACACCUUGUAAUUGCAGAUCAAAGGUGUGAAUAGUCGGGUGAAGAUUCCCAGCUCAUCAAAGGUAACAAAAAAAAAGAUGGCCACAAACCAACUGAAAGAAGCCUUUAUAAGCAAUCUGAAUGGAACUACAAUUACAGAAAUCUCAGUGGGCUUGACUGUGGCUCCUUUGUGCAUCAUUUGUAGAGGUUUGGUUCUUGUUUACUAUCAUCAAAAUUGCGGUGAGAGAAGACAAUCAUGGAUUGCCCACUUCCUUCUCGAUUUCCUACUGCUGAUAUUUCCACAAGUCUUGUCCUGCACAGUCUUAUCUGACUUCCUGCCUCUAGUACCCUCAGCUAUUGCUACAAUUUGUGUGACCCUACUCUACAUUAUAUACAAGGGAAGAAAUAAUUAUACAAACAAAUCGUUUCUUCAAAUCUGCAAGUCCCUUCUAAAUGCACAAACUGAAAAUGAGAGAGUGCCAUCGGUAACAACAUUUCGCGUUUACGUCAAUGUUCUCACUGGCAUUGCUAUUCUAGCUGUGGAUUUUGCUGUGUUUCCAAGACGUUAUGCUAAAACUGAAACGUACGGGACUGGCGUCAUGGACUUUGGAGUCGGAGGCUUUAUAUUUGGCAAUGGUUUGAUUUCUCCUGAAGCCAGAUUAAGGAAUCCGGAUUCUCGCUCUGUAUCCUCCAGACUUCUAACGCAGGUGUUGUCCGUGUGGCCCCUGAUUGCACUUGGUUUAGGAAGACUAGUCAGUGUGAAGUCCAUAGACUAUCACGAGCAUGUGUCGGAGUAUGGCGUUCACUGGAAUUUUUUUUUCACCCUGGCAGUUGUUAAAUUGUUGGCGGCCCUGCUCUUCACAAUUUCUCCGCCACAGAAAAGUUGGGUUUUAGCUGCAAUCAUUAUUUCUGGUUACCAAUUACUUCUGGAAGUUACCAACUUGAAGAGUUUCAUUUUAAACGGCAGCGAUGGGAAAGGCACGAGGGUUGGCUUCUUGAAUGCAAACCGAGAAGGCCUGUUCUCCGCUAUCGGAUAUUUAGCAAUAUAUAUGGCAGGGGUGCACUUUGGAUUAUACAUCUUGAAAAAAAGAAAAGUUUGCAAAGACUGGAUAAAACCAUUCUGCAAUCUGGUGCUAGCCAUUUUGUUUCUUUUUGCAAUAUUCUUUUUAUUUCGGGCGUAUAUUGCACCUGCAUCUCGUAGAGUUGCAAAUUUGACAUUUUGUGUCUGGGUUGUUGCCCAGUGCCUGUUCUGGCUGUGUUUAAUAAUGCUAAGUGAUCUGGUCUUGAUGUUUGCACAGAUUUUGGUAAUCGGAAGUAAAGUCCCGAGUACCUGGAAAAUAGAUCAGUCAUCGUAUGCUAGUAAGAAGCGAGACACCGCACUCAAGGAAGUAAAAAAAGAAACCCAUUUAUGCCUAAUCAGUGCUGUAAAUAGAAACCAGCUUCUGUUCUUUUUGCAAUCCAAUAUCAUGACAGGUAUAGUAAAUAUGUUGAUUGACACUAUCCACAGCAGCGGUGUUUUUUCCAUUACUGUACUUAUGGUGUACAUGUUUUGUAACUGCAUUAUCACAUAUAUACUUCAUGUCAAAGAUAUCACUGUUAAGUAUUGGUGAGUACAAACAGUGUAGAGCCAAUGGUAUGAUUUCAGAAUCACUUUGUAUUCUAGUUUACAGCCAACUG